AUGUGUGAAUUCUUACCCUUUGCAUUUGACUAUCAGGUGGAGAAAGCUCGUCAUAUUCUGAACCUUCGCGAAAAGCUGGCUGAGUUGGGCCACGUCGAUCAACUGAACAAACUGGACGUCCAAAUUUUGCGUCAUCGACGCAGAGUCUUUCAACGACAUCGGCGCAUGCGCCGUGGCAAUAGAAGAGGAGGGCAGAGGAACCAAAGAGGAACGGCGAAUGCUACAUCACGACGACUCCAUCCGUGUCGUCACAAGGUACCUGAGGUCGGGGCCUAUAUCGAUAUGGAAGCUAGUGGCGACGAAAGUCGAGAUAGGCGACAGCAGGCUCCAGAACUAGCUCAAAAUCGUCAGACCGAUCAAAAACAUCUCAACGCUGCCCGGAGAACCGGAUUUGGGCCAAAUGGUCAGACUCGGGCCCAACCCGAUGGAGAGGCGUCGCCUUCGACGGAACUCGAUGGUUUUGCUGACCAAUCAGCAGACGGAAAGAAGCUGUUUCGUAGACGGGUCCUCAGAAAAAGAAAUAUAAGGACUGACGUUCAACAAAAUCUUUCCGAAGGGUGA